UUGAUUAAAGUUUAGUUAUAAAGGAAAGAGCUAUAGUUAGCUAAUUUUAAAUUCACCAGGUUCUUGGAUACUUAGCAUUUGAACAAUUAAACAAUUUUUAAACAUCUUAUCCACACGUUAUGAUAUUUUAACAGUUAAGGAUAUAGUUAUUUACUAAUAAUGCAAAUAAAUCAAUUUCGUAUUUGUUUAUAUUUUGUCGUGUUUUGUGUGUCGCUUGUCAUCACACUCAGUGAAAAUAACAGUAAAUUCAUCAAGUUCACAAAAGAAUCUGAUCUUGCUGGAUUUAUCUGUCCAGAGCAGCAUGCAUUAUAUUUCAAAGAUAAGAUGAGUAUAUCACAAUGUUUGGCAACAUGUGCUGAUUUCAAAGGAUGUUUUAGUGUUUUUCUUCAUCAGGAAAGUUCCCGAUGUGUUGGCUGCAAGGACAAGUAUCUAACAAGCGACGACGUUCCAGCACUCCUCGGCACGACAUUCUUUAGACGUCGAUCUUACUUGGUAGUUACAGAAAAGAAGAAAUGGUUUGAUGCGAAGAAUCAUUGUUCGGAGCUUGGGGGACAUCUUUUAGACAUAAAGUCACAGGAAGAAAAUGCAUUCAUAGACAAACUUGGAGUGUUGAAAGAAAGUAUAUGGAUUGGAGCAACAGUAAUUCAAAAUGAACAUAUUUUCAUUUGGGAAGAUGGGAGCAGAGUUGAUGAAUAUUUCGAAAACUGGUUAUUACAUGAACCAAAUAAUCUUGAUGGCAAAGAAAAUUGUUUAAGCGUAUUUGGCAGUACACAUGUCACCAGUCAAAAGCGGAAAAAGUGGAACGAUGCGCCAUGUAAUGUUGCAAUGAGUAGUGUUUGUGAAUUUGACUGAAUAAGAAAUCGGUUCGAAAGUAACUAAAAAAACUCAAAACAUUCUGCUCCUUAAAUAUUUUCUACACUAUGGUGUAUAUUAAGUUCCUUUAAAGUGAUAAUAUAGGUCACUUCCAACGCACAAGUAAAGUUCUGAAAAAAGAUCUUAGUGUUAUAAUCAUAUAAUUUUCGUCAUUUUAAAAUAUUUUUUUUAAAUGAUUGCAAAUAUAACAGAAGCAGACGGAUAUAAUAAAAAUAUUUUAAAAUCCUGGUCCUACUCAAGCGUAAAAUCGCUGCAAAGGAAUACCGUGCAAUGCAUUCCUUAAGUGAGGUAAAAAAAAUGCUGUCUUUGAGGAAAUUCUGUUGAGAUCUGCGCAGAACUUUGUGAAAAUUUAAAGCGUUUUUUUAUAACACGGAAAUUCUAUUAUGUCCUUACUUUACAGUAAAUAAAUUCUUGAAUUUUUGAAUGUAAAUUUAUUUUUGCCUUACUUUUGCUAUUUUUAAUUUAAAAAAAGAAGCUCGAUUAUAAAAACCCUUAAGUUAAAUAUUUAAGCGGUUUAUAUAAACUAUCAUAAUUAAAAACAACAGGAGCUACAUGUCUCCUUAAAAUUGAAGUUCAACAUUUAUUAGACCUCUUUCAGUCAAUGCAAUAAGUUUCGCGAGGUUUCUAGUUUAUUUUGGUGGACAUUAUAUAUUUUUAUUUAUGUGGGCUGUUUUGUAACAUGCCCCGAGUACUGAACCUCUUGGAUGUUUCUAAAUUCAAAAUUUUACUAUUUCACGUUUAAAUGUUGAAUUCUGCUUAAGCCGGUGCUAGGAGGCGUGGACGGUAAUUUGCACUUUCCAGUACCGUCCAUGAACAGGCUCAAUCAAACCGAGCCUGCAACAUUUUCAAUUUUGCCGUGUUGAGCUUUCUUUAGGGAUUCUGUAUUUAUCUAUUUUGCAAGUUUCUCAAAAUUGUUGCCUGUAAAACAAAUUGUAUUGAUUGUUUCACUGUAUAUAGGGGACAAGUUCUAAUAUUUGUCUCCAAUUCUAUAACGAAUAAACUUUUCUUAUAAACUUUACGUAAACUUAUAUUGUCUUAGUAUUAUCAAUUUAUCAAUAUACACCAGAAUUUGAUAAUUAUAACAUAUCUGGAAAUAAAAAGAGAAUAUCAACCUUAUUAUUCAUAUAAACUAGCAUAACAUGUAUUAUAUCUAACAUUAAAAGGCAAAUUAUCCAUCAGAGGUGAAUAAAUAUUUACUUCUUUAGCAAACUGGAACAUGAUUUUAAUCCUGUGCCACUGUAUCUGUGAAUUUAAGUAGGGUGUGUCGCCCGUGAUAUCUCGGAAACGGAAUCAUUACUGACAAAUGCAGAACAACCAAAA